AAUAACUCAAGUACAUAAGGCCGCCGCUAUCCAUCCUUUUCUAUCUAUCUAUCAUCCAGUUACAUCUAGAGAUUGCCACUUAUCAACGCAUUUAUCAAAUAUCCCUCGUUGGGAUUACUGAAACUACUUCUUGAGAAUUAUACAACAACUACGACACAACUACAACCACCAAAAUGUCCUUCCUCGCCCCCAUCCGCGCAUCUACCCUCCGCCUCUCCCGCCCUGCCUUCGCCUACACCUCCACCACCACCACCUCUCCUGCAGCAGCAGUAGCAGCUCUCCACACCAGCAUUCCUCGUCCAGGCUUGAAGGAGUCGGAUCACAACCGCGACGACCUCGCCAACAUCUACGAGGCCGAGAAGCACGACCAAGUAAAGAGCAGCAAGGAAGGCAAGGCCAAAUGGAAGCAGGAAAUCGCUAGUGAUAGUGAGGCGUCGGUCAAGGCCGAUCGCGGCGAAGUAGACAGUGAUGAUAACAACUUUGGAGCCAUGCAGGAACGGACGAAAGGGUUGCCGAAUAGGGAUGGGCCCGUGAACAAGACUCAAUAAAUUGUUUUACUACUACUACUACUUACUUAAGGGAUGGGUUUUGAGAAUGCAAUGAAAUUAUACUGUUUUUUGUUCAUGUUUGUUUAUUCGGUCGGGUGGCUGGCUUACUUACGAGUUAUUGGGACUGACUGUGAUAUGAUGGGUCAUUUGUAUGAAGUACUUCUGAG